UAGGUGAAAAUUUCAUUAAAUUAAAUUUAAUUUAUAAAAGUUAUUUUGAAGAAGCUAAGUUUGUCAAAUAAUUUUUUAUCAACAGCCAACAUAAUCAAUUGGUCAAAACAGCCAAUUGAACCAACCGUUCAAAUCAGUCAACAUGAACAACUAUGGGCCAAUAGUAAACAACUAAAUUCCAAACAGGCCAAAGGGAGAGUGUGGAGAGAUUUGGGGGUUUAUUUUUUUUUUUUUGUGUGUGGGAUUUUUGAGUUCUAGAGAAGUAAUUGAACAGGAGUAGCAAAGGACAUGGCUGGAGGAGAAGGAGCGAAGAAGGCAGACGGGGGAGGAGAGAAGGAGAAGAAGGCAGAUGAUCCAUUUGCACCACACAAGAUCGAAGAUCAAAUGCCCCAUCUUAAGUACUGCAUUGUUAGCCCUCCUCCAUGGCCUGAAGCCAUAUUACUUGGAUUUCAGCACUAUAUCGUGAUGCUCGGGACGACAGUGCUCAUACCCACCAUUCUGGUUCCUCAAAUGGGAGGAGGAAAGGAAGAGAAAGCAAAGAUGAUCCAGACACUACUUUUUGUCGCUGGUUUGAACACACUGAUUCAGACACUGUUCGGCACUUGCCUGCCUGCUGUUAUUGGUGGCUCUUUUACUUUUGUGCCUGCAACACUUUCAAUUGUCCUCUCCGGCCGGUAUAAUGGAAUCUUGGAUCCUAAAGAGAAGUUUGAGAGGAUAAUGCGUUCGAUUCAGGGAUCACUAAUGGUGGCCUCAACUCUUCAAAUCGUUCUUGGUUUCAGUGGCAUGUGGCGAAUUGUGACAAGGCUCUUAAGUCCAAUUUCUGUUGUUCCUUUGGUAGCCCUAUCAGGUUUUGGGCUAUACGAGCUCGGUUUUCCUCUGGUUGCAAGCUGUGUGGAAAUUGGACUGCCACAUCUCAUCCUUCUCGUAAUCCUUUCGCAGUACAUACCCAACAUGAUGAAUGGCACAAACACAAGAGAUGUGUUCUACCAGUUUUCUGUUAUAUUCUCCGUUGCCGUUGCGUGGGUUUAUGCUCAUCUUCUCACAGUGGGAGGAGCCUAUAAGCAUGCCUCAAUGAGGACCCAAUUCAGCUGCAGAACGGAUCAGGCUGGAAUCAUCUCCGGUGCUGCAUGGAUAAGAUUUCCAUAUCCAUUUCAAUGGGGACCUCCCAUAUUUCACGGGGGAGAAGCAUUUGCGAUGAUGGCAACUUCAUUCGUUGCUCUGGUUGAGUCCACCGGUGCUUUCUUUGCUGUCGCCAGAUAUGCUAGUGCAACCCCACCGCCCCCUUCUGUUCUUGGCCGAGGCAUUGGCUGGCAGGGAGUAGGCACUCUGUUAUCGGCGGCAUUUGGAACCGGGACCGGGUCAUCUGUCUCAGUGGAAAAUGCUGGUUUGCUAGGAGUCACUCAUGUGGGAAGCAGGAGGGUUGUGAUGAUCUCAGCAGGUUUCAUGAUAUUCUUCUCAAUAUUUGGGAAAUUUGGAGCUGUUUUUGCAUCUAUCCCAGUACCCAUCAUUGCAGGCUUGUACUGCCUGUUCUUUGCCUAUGUAGGUUCAGCAGGCCUUGGGUUCCUCCAAUACUGCAAUUUGAACAGCUACAGGACUAAACUCAUUCUUGGGUUCUCAUUUUUCAUGGGCUUCUCCAUCCCACAAUACUUCAACGAGUACACCGCGAUCAACGGGCACGGCCCUGUACACACUAGAGCAAGAUGGUUCAAUGAUAUGCUGAAUGUGCCAUUCUCAUCUGAACCAUUUGUGGCUGGGCUGUUGGGGCUGAUCCUGGACACAACACUGUAUAAAGGGGAAACAGGGAAGAAGGACAGAGGGAUGACAUGGUGGGAGAAGUUCAGUUCAUUCACAAACGACACGAGGACCAACGAGUUCUACGCGUUGCCCUUCGAUCUCAAGUAGAGCUAUUCCCCAUCCCUGUGAUCUAACUACUUCUUCCCCUUGCCACCACCAUAACAGGCCAUUUUUUUUGGAUGCAGUUUCACACAUUUG